AUGUUUAAAAGAUCCAAGUUGUCGGAAGGCACCGGAAAUGGACAAGUGGGGAUCAAGAAGAAAUCCAGGGUCCCCGGGGUGAUGAUUACACAGUUUAUCGAGACGCUGCCGGAGGGAAAGACACAUCCAGAUUUUACACGAAAGCCGAUCGCUUUGACCAUCCAGGAGGGUAAGUUUGCCUUUUUCAAAGCGAUUGUCACCGGAGACCCAACGCCAACGGUAACAUGGAGCCGCAAUAAUGGCGAUGUGUCUGACACGGCGAGAUACCAGACCACAUAUGACCCCGUCACCAAUGAGCACAAACUUGAGAUGCCCAAUGUAAUGCCAGAUCAGGCUGACACCUACAAAUGCUUCGCUGUAAAUGAAUUUGGACAAGCCAUGGUCACAGUGCUUCUAAAUGUGAUUGAAGUUGGCUUCAAAAAAAAUAAAGCGGAACUCAGGCCUGAGGAGUCUGACGGCAUGUCAAUGCCUGUGCUGAAAAGGAAAAGCAAAAUCCGUCCCAAGUCUGAGCAAGCAGAGAGAAAGGAAGGAGAAAUCGACCCCAAAUUCUGGGAGCUCUUGAUAAGUGCUGAUAAAAAGGACUACGAAAGCAUUUGCGCAGAGUUCGGAGUCACAGACUUUCGUUGGAUGCUGAAGAAGCUGAAUGAAAUGAAGAAGGAGCGAGAGGAGGAACAAGCCACGUUUGUCAAAAGCCUGUCAAACUUGAGGCCCAUUCAUGUCAAUGCAGACAACACAGCAUCAUUUGAGAUCGAUAUGGACCUCAUCGAGCCGAGCAGCAGGAUAUUUCUGUACAAGGAUGGUGAAAUGGUUCCAUACACAAAGGAACUGGGGGAGAAGAUGAAACACAGCCUAAAGCAAGUGGGCAAGAAGUACAUUUUCAGUGUGAGAGAACUGAUGCCAGAUGACGCUGGACUCUACCAGCUGGAUGUAGAAGACGUGAAUAUGUUUUCCACCGAUUUUAAAAUUCCCAUGGUGGAAUUCCUUGUGAAGAUUCAGGAAGUGAAAGCCGUGGAACGACAAGAUGCUGUUUUUGAGUGUGUGCUGACCAACCCCUUCUCCAAGAUCUUGUGGUUUGGAAAAAAUCUCCCUCUGGAACAAGGGGACAAAUAUGAUAUUGAGGUUUCAGAGGACAAGCUGAUCCACAGGCUGGUGGUGAAAGACUGCUUGGUUGUGGACAAAGGGAUUUACUCUGCCUGCGCUGGGAUCAAAUCCUGCAACGCUUGGCUUUUGGUUGAAGCUGAUAAGGAAGCAACAAAUGGUAAGAAAUCCGCCAGGAAGACCACACGGGCGGGAGGCUCUGGUGAGGACCUGGCGAAGAUCGCCCAGGAGCAGCAGCAGAAAUUAGAGAAGGAGAGAGGAGAGAUUCAAGAAAAGAUUAAAGCAGCGAAAGAAGCUAGAGCGGAAGCUGAAGCAGCUGAAGCUGCCGCUAAACCCCCAGUCACCAAGGCUGCUAAAAAUGCUGCCGGGAAGAAAGAAAAAGUCUCUGAUGCAGAGAGUGGUAAUCAAGACUCUGGUUUAACUGAUGACAAGGGUGAACAUAUUGAGCCAGAAAUUGCCAGUGGACUCACUGAUGUGUACGCUCCUCGAGGGAAAUUAACUGAGUUACUUGUGAAUAUGAACAUCGACUGUGAUGCCGUUUGGUUUAAAGAUGAAGAGCAGUUAAAAUCAGGCUCUGGGAUCAGCCUCAGUAAAGAUGGGAAAUGUCACAAGCUGACAAUCCAAUCCUGUCAGGAUGACAACGCUGGACUUUAUCGUUUCGAAUCUGGCUCCUGUCGUACACAAGGCAAAGUCGUAGUUGGAGACAUUCCGGAAUUUGACCCUGACGAUCUCCACAAGUUCUCCAGGCCAGUGACUGUGAAAGUUGGCCAGACCGCGGCGUUCAAGAUGCCCUUCCCUCCUCAGGACGCCAUGGCUGUAACUUGGUUUAGUAAAGGUUCGGAGCUCAAGGAUGGAGGCGGAGUCAAGAUUGUGAAAGAGCCCACCCACAGCCGGCUGCUGCUCAGGGACUGUCUGCGCACAGACACGGGGGAAAUAAGAAUACAACUCAGAAACCCAUUUGGAAUAGUGGAGGCCAUCACUCAGCUCAUUGUGCUCGAUCGCCCGGGGCCUCCGGAGGGUCCGCUGGAGGUUGUCGAAACCACAUCAUCUGUAAUUGAGAUGAAAUGGAGCCCGCCCACGGAUGACGGCGGCGCCGCAGUCACUAACUACAUUAUAGAACGCCAGCAGGCAGGACAGUGUCUGUGGACGAAGCUCGGGGACGUCUCGGCUGAAAAGUUGACCUUCAGAGACAGGAACGUGACGCAUGGCAAGAAAUACAACUAUCGUAUCUAUGCAGAAAACUCAGAGGGCCUCAGCAACUGCCUGGAAAAUGCUGACAGCAUCAUGGCCGGCAUAAUGAUACUCUCUGGACCCCCUGGAGCCCCAAAGGUUGUAAGUGCCUCUAAAACAUGCAUAGUCUUGACUUGGACCCCACCAGUUGAUGACAGAGGUGUGCCAGUCAUUGGUUACCAAAUAGAGAAGCGAAAGAAGGACACAAACCAGUGGAUUGCCUUGAAUGCAGUUAAUGAACCCAUUGAAGACGUGAAAUAUGCAGUUAAAGACAUCACCGAGGGGGCAGAAUACGAGUUCAGGGUUUCAGCGAUUAAUGAGUCAGGUUCUGGAGACCCCAGUCUUCCUUCUGCGAUGGUGUGUGCCAAGAAUCCCAACAUGAGACCGUGUUUCAAAGACCCAGAAGACUUCAUUGUUGUCAGAGCAGGCAAUUCUGCGCGUGUCAACAUCUGCUAUGAGGCAGAGCCCCCACCCACCAUCACUUGGCUGAAGGAUGACGAGCCAGUAUCCCCCUGGAUUAAAGUCAUCAAUUCAGAGGGAAUGUCUCAGCUUGUUAUUCCCUCCUCAAAACGCUCAGACUCCGCUAUCUACACAAUCGUAGCAAAAAACUCUGUUGGUGAAGCUUCCUUUGAUGUCGAGGUUAGAGUGACAGAUGAGCCCAAAAGUCCAGGACCAGUGGAACUGGAGCAGACGGUACAUGGAAGGCUGCUCAUUUCAUGGGCACCGUCUCCAGACCAAGACCUGGACGACAGAUUGUACUAUGUGGUCUCACAAUACGAAUCCAACUCCAGGGUGUGGAAGACAGUGGCCGAUCGACUCUUCACCAACACAUACACUGCUAAUAACAUUCAGGACGGGUUGGAGUACCAUUUCCGGAUCUAUGCCAAGAACGAUAUGGGGCUGUCAGAUCCAUCACAAUCACCCACGUGGGGUGUAAACAGCACCAGAGUUCCCAUUAUAACUAACGGAAUCUGCUCCUCGGAGAUAAGCUUUGAGCGGCCUCCUUCAAUUCUGGUUCCACUGAAGGUGCAAACGCCACCCAGAGGUUACCAAGUCUUUAUGACAUGCGCAGUGAGGGGAUGCCCCACGCCGUCCGUGUACUGGUACCUCAACGACGUCUGCAUCAAUGAUGAUAACAACUACUACUUCACCAACUCGUACGGAGUGUGCUCCAUGUACAUACUGCGAGUCAGGUCAGAGGACAGCGGGGAUUAUAAGGUGGUGGCGGUUAAUUCUUUUGGCCAAGCGGAGUGUUCAACAAAGCUCACUGUAAAAGACUGAUGAGCUCAAAAGAAAACAGUGGAAACCUAUGCAAGAAAAGAAAAGAAAGAGAAAAAAGUGCCUCUUCUGAAAUGUUUCUGAUAUUUGUGAUGUGUAUCAAAG